AUGAUCGCUGGCAGGGGGAGCCACAAGGGGCGGCGGCCACAAGGGCAAGAGGAAGGGCGGCAAGGGCUCCGGCGGUGGCGCUCCCAGCUCCGCGGACCUGCCCGAGGAGCGGCGCGAGGAGCUGAGGGCUCUGCUGGAGAGCUUCGCCGCGGGCCCCGAGUCGCAGCUGGCGAUGCCGGCCACCAUCUCCGGCCUCGAGAGGACGAAAUUCCUCCACGAGCUCGCCGAGGGCCUGGGGCUCACCUCUCAGUCCUUCGGCCAGGGCAAGGACCGAUGCCUCAGCAUCUUCAAGCCGGCGGGCCUGGGGGCUGCCACCGACGGGAGGGAGGACCGGCUGGCCCGCCCGAGGCCGCCAAGGCGGCCUCGGAGUGGCCCACGGAGUGGCCCACGCCCGAGGGCGCCCGGGAGGCGGCGCUCGGCGCCGAGGGGGUGGCCUAUUCCGCCUUGGUAGGAGAGUCGCGAGCGCCUCCUGGACUUCUGCGGGCGCGCCUUCGCGCCAGCGGCGGCAUCCCCGCCGGCUGGACCACGUACUGCGAGCACAUGACCAUCUGCAUGGGUCCUCUGCAACGCCCCCGGACCGAGGACAACCGCUCCUGCGCCGAGGCGGUGCGUCGGCAGACGGCGGCGCUCUCGGUCGAGCAGGAGAUGGACUUGAGGGUCGUGUCGAUCGGGGAGCUCCCCGACAGCGUGCUGGCCGUCGGCGUCGUUGGCUGCCCCUCCUGCAACAAGAACCCUCACAUUCGCCGACACGUCACCGUGGCCGUGGCGCCGAAGAAGAGGCCCCAAUUGAGCAACGACAUCCGCAGGUGGACCGUGCUCCCAGCGGAGGAGCAGGUCGAGUUGCACGGCGCGGUCUGGCAGCGCGGCGCGGGCCGCGACCACGUGCCCCCCGGGCCCGCCUGGCAGCGCGGGGCCCGCGGCGGUGGACGCGGCGGUGGACGCGGCGCGGGGGGGGCCCGCGGCGGGGGCGCGGGCUCGGGCGGGGAGGUGGGAGUGGCCUCAGGAGAUCGAGGCAGCACGCAACGAGGCAUCGUGGAGACCUGGAGGUAG